UCAUGAGACAAAGAGGACGUUUUGCUGGUUUUUCACUCUAUGUGUCAAACACAACUAUAAAGGAGGGUGGGUAUCUAUGUUACAAGAACGGACAGGAGUUACCGCCCUUGGAUUUCAGUACAACUUGUGUCCAACAUGGACGUUACGUUAUAUUUUACAAUGAAAGACUCGACGGAACCACUUAUCCUACAGGAUAUGAAACAACUCCAGCUAUCACUGAAUUAUGUGAAGUAACUGUAACAGGUUGUAAGGAACCCGGUGUGUAUGGAUAUAACUGUGAUGUACCCUGUCCAAACAACUGUCAGGAAUUGAGAUGUGACAUUGUCAACGGAACGUGUUUGGCUUGUACUGCAGGAUGGGUGGGAGAAUUUUGUAACACGUCAUGUCCAGCUGGAUAUUACGGCCUACAGUGUAGAUCUACGUGUACUGGACACUGCAGAGACAACAUGUCCUGUAAUCUCACCACUGGACAAUGUGACUAUGGCUGUGGUAAUGGAUGGACAGGAACACAUUGUAACACAGAGUGUCCUGCAGAAUCAUACGGCCCUGAUUGUAUGUAUCACUGUAGUAGACAGUGUUUGAAUUACCUCCCUUGUAACAGGACAACAGGAAGAUGUGACGGAGGCUGCAGUGCAGGAUAUACCGGGGAACUCUGUGACAAAGUUUGUAAUGAUGGCUGGUAUGGAGAAAACUGUUCUGUACGAUGUAACGAGAACUGUGUCAACCAGUCAUGUUACCACAUCACAGGCAGCUGUACAUACGGAUGUAAACCGGGAUGGAGGACUCCCAACUGCGAAAAGACAUGUGACAAAGGAACAUAUGGAAUCGACUGCUCCCAGAAUUGUUCUAAGAAAUGUCGCGGCGAAUGUGAUCAUGUUGGCGGAUCCUGCACAUGUUCUUCUGGGUGGACAGUGUCCCCUGGCUGUAGUGAAAAGUUUUCGGGGUCAGGAGAUUCUGCAGCACAGUCCGAUACGACAUAUUCUGGCGCAGUAGCAGGAGCUGUGGGAGGGGCGGUAGGAGCUGUGGGUCUUAUUGUUGUACUCAUCACAGGGAUACUGUUUAUACGAUGGAGGAGAAAGAAGGAGAGAAAGCAUGAAGAUACGGAGACGAUAACGUUUUCUUCUGUCCCAGAAACGUUAACAAUAGGUGAUAAAAGACAUGAAGAUAUGAAAAUGAGUGGAAUCAGAAAUCCUGGCUUAAAAUUAAAACCUGAGGGGGAAAUGCUAAUGACGAAUACUAAAAUAGACAUAUCCGUCGCAGAUUUAGAUACAGCAAUAUUCGUCUUGUCUGAAAAUCAGAAUGCCAAGUUCAAAGAAGAAUAUAUUACAAUUCCUAGAGGAGAACUACACCCAUGUAAUGAAGGAAAGAAACAGGAAAAUGUUCCCAAAAAUCGGUACACAACGAUUUUCCCGUAUGAUCAUUCACGUAUUGUUCUGAAAACAUCACCAAAAGAGUCAGACUACAUUAACGCGAAUUAUAUUGAGGAUGUGCAAGGAAAGAAAUCGUAUAUUGGAGCGCAAGGACCAAAAUCUAAGACAAUUGUUGAUUUCUGGAAAAUGGUGUGGCAAGAAGACAUUAGUGUAAUUGUUUGUCUGACGAAUCUCAAAGAGGGAAAUAAGAACAAAUGUGCCCAAUACUGGCCAAAUUCCAGUGACAAGAUCAAGAAAGGCAACAUCAGCAUACGAAACCAGAAAGAAAACGUAUACGCGGACUACGUCAUCAGACACUUCCGCUUGCAAAACAGCGCCGAUAAAGUUGAGCGUGACGUGUGUAUGUUCCACUACACGCAGUGGCCAGACCACGGUGUCCCAGAACCGCUGGCUCUCGUGGUAUUCCAUCGACACGUUCUGAAAACUUCUGUCGAACAUCCAGGGAAGUACACUCUUGUCCACUGCAGCGCAGGGAUUGGUAGGACAGGGACGUACAUAGCAUUGGACGCGCUUAAUAACGGAGGGGAGAUAACCGGGAAAGUUAAUAUCCGGCAGUAUGCAGAAACCAUGAGAAACAGCCGUGCUAACAUGAUCCAGGGCGACGAUCAAUACAGAGUUGUUUACUUGGCAUUACUUGAAUCAUUCCGAGGAACAGGAAGGUCUGUAUCAACCAGGACAUUUCUACGAGAAUUCCAGGAUCAUUCCUGUUAUAUCAAUCUCGGAGAAGUAGCCAAUAAAUCAACACUUUCUGCUGAAUUUCAGGACCUGUUGUCCAGAAGACGAGAAUACACACAUGAAGACUACAAAACAGGGCGGCAAAACGUAUCAGCCAAUUACACACCCAGUGUUCUGCCUGUUGAAAGCUACAUGUGUCCAUUGUCAAACACUAAAGGGAAGAACACCUACUACAACGCAGUUUCUUUACAGUCGUUCACAAGAAAUGAUAAUUUCAUCAGUGCUCAAUAUCCUCUCCCAGAUUACACAGAGGACUUCCUGAGACUUGUGAAGGCUUAUUAUGCACCUACAAUUGUAUCCCUGAGCCCGUUGGUGGAAAUCGAAUCGUCUUCACUUUGGCUUCCUGCUAAAAAUGAAAGCAAAACGGUUGGAGCAUUCACGACUAAAAUGACAGAUUGUACACAAACCACCACAGUCACCAAGACUAGCAUUACUCUGCACCUAAAGGGAGCUAGUGGCAUGAGCGUUUGCGUACUGGAAUGUAGAAGAUGGAAAGGAGAAAGCGACUCCUCAAACCAGAGAGUUUUACUUGAUCUCGUCAAUGAAGCGAGGGUGGAGGAAAGGACCCACCCCAAGGGAAGGAUUCUGGUUCUGUCGAGUGAUGGGGCCAAGCGAUGUGGACAAUUCUUGGUUGUAUUCAAUGCUCUGGAACAACUUACCAUGGAUACAGAGGUGGACAUAUUUACAAUCACAAGACAACUCCAAAUCCGACGGCCAGAGUUCAUAUCUUCUUUGGAAGAAUAUCAGUUUUGUUACGAGGCCAUUGCUGAUCAUCUCCAAAAUAACACAGUGUACGCGAAUUGCUGAGGACCAGUCAAAGAGAUUAUGACAUCAACAAGCCUUCCUCCAAAUAACAAUGGAAACACAUUGAAGAAUUUUUUUCAUUCACUGGACACCAGUACUAUAUAUGUACUGGUAUUAUUGACUCACCCACACUUCACUUAUUGUAUUUGCUUGCUUCUUAUUAACUAUUCUUCCGCUUCUUCUUCUGCCUUAAAAUGUCCACAGCCGUUGUCCAUAACCAGUAGAUGAAAGUAUUAGAAACUGAAGGAUGUGAUAAGGCAAUAUAUUUAGUUGCGUAGAAAUGUUUUUGUUUUCAGAUCAAAUGGGGUCAAGUUAUAUUUUGGGGGUGGGUCCAACAUAUUGUUUGAUUGAUUGAUUGUAUCUUGCUUAACGUCUCGCUUGAGAAUUUUCACUCAUAUGGAGACGUCAUCAAGACCGGUGAAGGGGCUUCAAAUUUAGGCCUAUACUCGGCGCUUACGGCCAUUGAGCAGUGAGGGUUCUUUAGCGUACCACACCUACUGUGACACGGAACAUCUGUUUUUAAGGUCAUCUCCGAGGAUCCGUGACAUUCACACCUGAUGCCGAGCGUUUAUAUGUAAUGGUAUUAUUAACUCACCCACACUUCACUUAUUGUAUUUGCUUGCUUCUUAUUAACUAUUCUUCCGCUUCUUCUGCUUCUGCCUUAAACUGUCCGCAGCCGUUAUCCGUAACCAGGAGAUGAAAGUAUUAGAAAUUCAAGGAUGUGAUAAGCAAUAUAUCUAGUUGUGUAGAAAUGUUUUUGUUUUCAGAUUAAAUGGGGUUAAAUUAUAUUUUGGAGGUGGGUCCAACAUAGAACUAUGUUUGGAAAAAUGAGUUCCAAAAUUCAAGAGAUAUAACGUCUUUUUUCAGUUUUAACAACAUUUAUUCAGGUAUAUAGUCAGGCUUUUACACAACCCUUACAACUCAACCUGACCAGGGGGUACAAGGUUUUAAGAAUUCCAACUCUUUCGCUCGCACAUUCACGCGGACAGACAUGCAUACUAAACGAUGGCUAGAAGUAAAGAAAGUAGAAAAAAUGACAAUGUACUCUGGCUGAGUUCAUAAAUAUCAUACUAUAAUAAUUAGCAAUCAGAUAUAUGAUGUAAUACGAAGGUUGUUAUUUAAUGAAAUACUACUUUAAACACACUAUUGAUUGAAUAUACAUUCACCUCAUCUCUUACGAAGAAAAAGAAAAAAUUAUAACAAAUGUAUAUAAUACUAAAAAAGAAGCAUUUUAGGAUAUUUUUGUUUUAACAUAGUUUACGUUAUGCUUGAGCUAAUGUUUCACAUAAUUUCCAUUUCUUUUCAAAUUGAUCUCUACAAUUAUAUUUACUUGCAAUUUGUUUUUCCACUCUGUAUACAUUAGUCCAAGUGGUUUACAUGUACUCAAUGACAAACAAUAUCCUGUACAUUUGGUUAAGUAUAUAUAAUGUUUCAGAUGGUUAUUUUCAAAGUUUACCAUUUUAAUUUUCGAACAUCCAAGGAUAAAAGUAUUCUUAUCAGUUAUAAUAUUGAAUGAAAAGGUUUCAAUAAACCAACAUUGCACACUUCUUUAGAAAAAAAUACUGACUUUUUCACAAUCAUACACAAUGUGUUCCAAUGAUUCUCUCUCCUCUAAACAAAAAGUGCUUAAAUCGUUUCCAAUCAUUUUCAAAAAAGUGUCUGUAGUUAAAAUUACAUUAUUUACUCGAUAUUGUAGCCAUUGUAAUUUAUUAUACUUUGUGUUCAUAAAAACAUCAUUAUGAAUUCCUCUCCAUUCUUCACUAGAUAUUUCAAAUUGUUUAUCCCAUUUUCUUUGUCCAUUUGGUUUUUCUUUGCUACAAUUCAAUAUUUUGAAAAAAAUUUCUAGUGUUGGUUUUAUCAUCUAGUAAAGGUAAAAUGUGUAAGGGAAUAGUUGGUUCUUGUUCUUUAAUUAGAUGAUCAAUAUUAAAAUCUUUCAUCAUUUUCUUUACUACUUGUGUUACUCCAAAAAAUUCCAAAAAAAUAUUUUUAAUAUCAAAUAUUGUUUUGAAUUGAGCAUAAGUCAUUAUAUUUCCUUCCUCAUCCAGUAACGAAUUUAUUAAGUAAAUGUUGUUUUUACUCCAUUUCUUCAAAGACAUUAAUUUUUUGUAUAUACUUUAAGUUUUUCGUUGUACCAGACAACAGUUUUACCCAUUUUUUCUGGUGUCAAUGCAUUUUCAAAACAAUUCUCUAGUUUUUUCCAAGAAUUAAGAACAUCUUGCCAAAAUUUGUUUUUUGAUUUUUCAAUAUUCUUUAAUGCAUAUGUUAGGCCAUAUCUGAUGACCUGACUAAUAUUGAUAUCUUCGUCUAUGACAAAUUGCAAUUUUGCUGAACUCUCCAGCAAUUUUUAACCCAACAUAUUUUUUAAUACUUGCAAUAAAAUUUUAUAUAUUUAUCAUUUUAAACCACCCUUUUCAUAUUCCUUGGUAACUAUAGACUUUUUUACUUAGUAUCUGUUGAUGGAUUCGGUAAGGAAAUAAACAAAUGUACAAUUUUUGAUAUUGCUAGAGAUUUUAUAACAGUUAUUUGGCCAAUUGGAGUCAGAUUUCUUCUUUUCCAUUGUUUUAAUAAAUUCUUAAUAGAAGAAGAGAUAUAACUAGAAAAAUAUGAUAGCGUCCUGGGGUCUUCGGAAAUGAGAAGAUGUCAAUGUAUACAAACUAGUAUCAAGGUCAAAGGACCACAGUGACCUUGACCUCUGACCAUGAAUACCAAACCUGAUAUAACUUUGGAACCGAUAUUGAUAGAAAGAUGGGAAUUUCUCAGAUAUGAUAAGACUGAUUAGCAACAAACUAACAUCAAAGUCAAACUACUACUAUGACCUUCACCUUGUUCAUAAAACACAUUACAUUAUGGGACCAACAGAGACAUGGAAUCGAUAAAGAUUUGAUACUGAAAUGGAGCUGAGUCGAAUCACACCGUUCCCACGAUACAACCAGUAUUCAACGUCUCCUCCAAUACGAUGCAACAUACAUCCAGUCACCGCUUCCUCUCUUCCAUUAUAUCUAAUUCAGCUUUUUAAAACCAUUGCACCUUUAAUUCGGCGUCUAAUCCAUUUGAUUCCGCGCUGUAACUCUACCUGACCUGAACGCACUCCAUCAGCCAUUUGUGUUGCUGUUUUCAUUCUUACUUUCAUGUAUUUCUACGCGCCAUUUCAUAAAAGUUAAUUAAAGCUUGUUGAUGAGAGAAAUUCUUUUUUUACUAUUUAUAAAAACACAUAUUUAGAUGAUAAGAAAUUGAAACUUAUAGCGCAUUGAUGAAAAAAUUGUCCGUCCAGUUUUUCCUUUGAUACCUGCAUCAAGAAAAGAAGUAUAAGUUUCAUUUCCUAAAUUGAUUAUAUGUUUCAUUUCUUAAAAUCAAGGUCUUUUUGGAAAAAUAGUAAUACUCGGAGAAAGCCCACUUUUAUACAGCCAAUACUUCCUUUAGGAUAAUGUUUAAUCGGCAGGUUAUAAAAAACCUAUUUUGUCAUGUCUUGAUUUUAAAAUACAUUGUUGCAACCCUUA